UAGCUUCUUUCUUUUUCCCCCUCUUCACCUUUCUUUUCUUCCUGCUAUUGCUUAAGCAUCUUUUUUUCUCACUUUUUGCUCUUCUUAUCAUUCAUGUUCACUCUUUGGUAAAAAAAAAUAUAUAUUAUAUUUUUUCCUUGCUUUACUUAGAUUCCAUACUUCCCACUACCUCCCUAUAUUUCUUUACAUUUCUUCAGCUGAAACCUGUUAGUAAAAUCUUUGAUUCUUGAUAGUUGUUGUUGUUGCGUAUCUGGCAUUGAUCAUUUGAUCACAAAGUCUAAUUCCUUUUUCUUGGGAUUUGCUCUUUUUCCCAGAAAUUGUCUUGGACCAUAAAUACCUUAGCUUAAUUCUUUGUUGAUCCCUUCUUGGUUCUGCUGUUUCAAGCUUAAAAAUCCCAUCUUUUCUUCUUUUGCAGUUCCAAGAUUGUAACUUUCUUUCUUCUUCAGCUGUUUGGGUUUCUGGGAGUUCCUCUUUUUCUUGUAAUUCUGUUUCUUGAGAAUUUACUCUUGUUUCUCUUUCCCUUUGUAAUGGUCUAAUUCUCUGUGUUUUCCUCUUGGUAAAAAAGUUCUUAACUUUACUGUUCUUUUCUUUUGAUUAUUUGAUUUUCUGUGCUGAAAAUUGGGCUCUUGAUUCCAUGGGACUUUGUCAUGGAAAACCCAUUCAAUCCCCACAAAACCUUUCUGAAAAUCCCAUAAUUCCCAUUGAUAAUGACCAAGAAUUGAAUUCCCACACUGGGAAAACACCAAAAUUUCCUUUUUACAGUCCAAGUCCUCUGCCUAGUGGAUUCAAGAACUCCCCUGCUAAUUCUAGUGUGACUUCAACACCUUUGAGAUUUCUCAAACGUGUACCACCAUCACCAGCUAAGCAUAUUAGGGCAUUACUUGCUAGAAGGCAUGGCUCAAUUAAACCUAAUGAAGCUACAAUUCCAGAAGGGAGUGAAUGUGAUAUUGGAUUGGAUAAGAUUUUUGGAUACUCAAAGAAUUUUGAUAGCCACUAUGAGCUUGGAGAAGAAGUGGGAAGAGGACAUUUUGGUUAUACUUCUGCAGCUAAGGGGAAAAAAGGAAGUUUGAAGGGGCAUGAUGUAGCUGUAAAAGUUAUCCCAAAAUCAAAGAUGACUACAGCAAUUGCAAUUGAGGAUGUAAGGAGAGAAGUCAAAAUAUUGCGUGCUUUAACAGGACAUAGGAAUCUGGUUCAAUUCUAUGAUGCCUAUGAGGACGAGGAAAAUGUUUAUAUAGUCAUGGAGUUAUGUAAAGGAGGAGAAUUGCUGGACCGGAUACUUGCAAGGGGUGGGAAAUACUCAGAAGACGAUGCCAAAGCCGUCAUGGUGCAGCUUCUAAGCGUGGUCUCGUACUGUCAUCUUCAAGGAGUUGUUCAUCGUGACCUAAAGCCUGAGAACUUCCUUUUUGUUUCUAAGGAUGAGAACUCUCCUUUAAAGGCCAUUGACUUUGGUCUUUCUGAUUACGUAAAACCAGAUGAAAGGCUUAAUGAUAUUGUUGGAAGUGCAUACUAUGUUGCACCUGAGGUUUUGCAUAGAUCUUAUGGAACAGAAGCCGACAUGUGGAGUAUUGGUGUAAUUGCCUAUAUUCUUCUUUGUGGAAGCAGACCUUUCUGGGCGCGUACAGAGUCCGGUAUAUUUAGGGCCAUCCUGAAAACUGAUCCAAACUUUGACGAAGCCCCUUGGCCCUCUUUGUCUUCUGAUGCAGUAGACUUUGUAAAAAGAUUGCUGAAUAAGGAUUAUCGCAAAAGGCUAACUGCAGCUCAGGCUCUCAGUCAUCCUUGGUUGGCUGGUCAUCAUGAUGUGAAGAUUCCUUUGGAUAUGAUAGUAUAUAAGCUUGUAAAAGCUUAUGUAUAUUCUUCUUCUCUUAGAAAAACUGCUUUAAGGGCUCUUGCUAAGACAUUGACUAUACCACAAUUAGCUUAUCUUCGUGAUCAGUUUACACUAUUAGGGUCAAGCAAAAGUGGACUUGUAGCUCUACCAAAUUUCAAAAUGGCUGUGAUGAAGAACUCCACUGAUGCAAUGAAGGAUUCAAGGGUUUUUGACUUUGUCAAUACGGUGAGUUCUCUUCAAUAUAGAAAAUUGGAUUUUGAAGAAUUCUGUGCUGCUUCGAUAAGUGUACAUCAGCUUGAGGGAAUGGAAAGCUGGGAGCAACAUGCUCGUCGUGGCUAUGAGUUCUUUGAAAAGGAGGGGAACAGACCUAUUAUGAUAGAGGAACUUGCCUCGGAGCUCGGGCUUAGUCCUUCUGUCCCUGUUCAUGUAGUUCUGCAGGACUGGAUUAGACACUCUGAUGGGAAGCUCAGUUUCUUGGGAUUUGUCCGGCUUCUACAUGGAGUUUCUUCGCGCACAUUUCAAAAAGCUUAAAGAGUAUAACCUAUCUUAAUGGACUUCCCAAUACUUCAUCUAGCUUUCAGACUAUUCAUCACUCGAAGAAUCAAAGUCUUGUUGCUUGAUCAAAUGAUCCGUUGAAGGCGGAAACAGCUAGUUUAUAACGAAGCUACAGAUCCUAUCUGAAAAUACAUGGCAUUAGCAGCAGCAUAUUUGGUGUCUAUCUUAUUUUGUCAUGUAAUUCUUGUAUUCUUCAAAUGUUGGAUCACAUUCCACUUUAAGAGGAUUGUACAGAUGAGGAUAAUCAGGAAAAAAAAAAUGUAAGUAGUUGGUCAGAAAAGACAGAUGAAAGCUGAGAUGAGUUCUUAUGGCUUCUUGGUGUAACCUGUUUAACAUUUUGCGUAGCAUAAUAAAUUCUCUUUAUUGUGUCUGUAA